CGUGUGCGGCAGCUGGUCAGCUGCGUGGUGCGGUGGUUGGUUCCGGCUCGGGACGGUUGGAUUUCCAGCGACGCCACCGCGUGAUCCGGCGCGACCGCGCGCGAGCCGGACCUGGACCUGGCGGCGCCAUCGUCGUCUCCCAACUCCCGUACGUGUCCACCCUCCUGCCUCGCCUUCCUCCCACCUUCCUCCCUCGUUGCCAUUUCAGACGGUCUCCUCAGUCCAGACGCCGACUCCUUCAACUCCGCGUCUUCUUCGUCCCCCUUCCACGAUUGAUUGAAUCUUCUCCUUCCCCCUUGUCCAACCAACUACUUCUAUUUCUUCUCCCGAUCCAAGAAACCUGCCACCGAAGCGAGCUCCAAGAAACGAUCUUGAUCUCGAUCCGGGAGGAAGUCGCCCGGCCACCCGAGCAGAGCCAGAGCCAGAGCAGCGGCGCGAUCCAGGAGACAGCCACAGCCAGCCAGCCGCCAUGAACAGCCUGUUCUCGAGCUCGUGGAAGCGCGGCGGCGGGGGAGAUGGCGGGGACAUCGAGUCCGGCGCUGACGGUGUGGAGAUGUCCGCGCCGCCGGGUGCCGCGGCGGGCGCGAGCCUGGACAAGUUCUUCGAGGACGUGGAGUCGAUCAAGGAUGAGCUCCGGGACCUGGAGCGCAUCCAGCGGUCCCUCCACGAGGCCAACGAGGGGAGCAAGUCGCUGCACGACGCCGCCGCCGUGCGCGAGCUCCGGUCCCGGAUGGACGGCGACGUCGCGUCGGCGAUCAAGAAGGCCAAGGUCGUGAAGCUCCGGCUCGAGUCCCUGGACCGCGCCAACGCCGCCAACCGCUCGGUGCCCGGGUGCGGGCCGGGGUCCUCCACCGACCGGACGCGCACUUCCGUCGUCGCCGGGCUCCGCAAGAAGCUCCGCGACUCGAUGGAGGCCUUCUCCUCCCUCCGGUCCCGCAUCGCCGCCGAGUACCGGGACACGGUGGCGCGGCGGUACUUCACGGUGACGGGGUCGCAGCCCGACGAGGCGACGCUGGACGCGCUGGCGGAGUCCGGGGAAGGGGAGCGGUUCCUGCAGCGGGCGAUCGCGGAGCAAGGGCGCGGAGAGGUGCUGGGCGUGGUGGCGGAGAUCCAGGAGCGGCACGGCGCCGUGGCGGAGCUGGAGCGCAGCCUGCUGGAGCUGCAGCAGGUGUUCAACGACAUGGCGGUGCUGGUGGCGGCGCAGGGGGAGCAGCUCGACGACAUCGAGGGCAACGUGGGAAGGGCGAGGUCGUUCGUCGACCGCGGCCGGGAGCAGCUGCAGGUGGCAAGGAAGCACCAGAAGAGCACCCGGAAGUGGACGUUCAUCGCCAUCCUCAUCGUCCUCGUCAUCGUCCUCGUCAUCGUCCUGCCCAUCGUGCUCAACAACACCAAGAAGUAGCAGCCUGGCUGCGGUUGGCCUCAGGCGCCAUGGCGAUCAGGUUGCCGAACGUUUUGUUGAUACUUGAUAGUUGAUACUGCCCCAGGAGAAAUUCUUUUUCCCCUAUCUCGUUUUGUUGCGAUUCGUGGCGUUUAUGGUUGGUUGAUCCGAUCGGGUUGAUUAUAUUUAUCAGUGAUUUUGUUCCUAACA